GCUCAGUUUGAGCAUGCGCAGCAUCCCAUCCGCGUUUAACCUGUGCGUGAGACCGAGAGAAGGAAAGCGCGUGCACAGACGGCGCGUCUCUGGCAGGUAAAUCACAGGAAAGAGGUGACAACAGAAGUGGUGUUUCCAUGCUGGCACACCAUGAAACCAGAAGAAGAGACGUCUCCUCGCGCCGCCCAACAUCCCGGGACUCAAAGGUCUGUGAUCUUCAGCAGCAGGUCAGACUGGGAGAGGAAGAAGAGGCUCUAUGUUCAUUCAGUAAUGAGACACAUGAAGGAGAAUCAAGAAGCACAUCAUGGUGUCGUGUCUGAGCUGCUGAGGAUGAUGAACCAUGUGGCUGAUGAGAGAGCGGACAGGGACGGGAGACGGUGGCAGCAUCCCUCCGACCUCACCCGCCGGAAUUACCAGAGUCGCUUUGGUGCAAAACUGGAGAUGACGCUCCGAGAAUGGCAACACAAUAACUAUGGCUCGCAUAAACGCUUUCACAAAGUUCCCGAACAGUUUGAAAGAAGUGACUGCUCUGGGGUUUAAAACCUCACUUGUUGGCCAUUUUCAGAUAUGCGUGACCUCGUGGUGGCGGCAUUCAUGAGCGCUGUUCGCUGCAGUGAGGUGUAACCGUGCUUUUGAACGUUUGUCUCCCUCUGGUGUCGUCAAUAAGAGGACGGUCUCCAUCUUUGUGUGCUGCUGGGUGCUUG